CACUCAUCACAUAAUAAUCAACGUAUUCCGACCGAAAAGGAAGAACCAGCGAAACCCCUUAACCACGAUUUUCUCUUAAUUCCAUCGUAUAAAGCUUUCCAAAUCAGGGGCGAUCUUCUUCGAUCAACCUUCUAAUUCACGCGUACUGUGAAAAUAAAGAGUAAUCAAAUUUUGAAGAACGACAGAUCAAAAUGUCCUCCCUUGCAGCUGCUAGAGCGGACAACUUUUACUAUCCUCCAGAAUGGGAUCCAAGUCAGGGUUCUCUGAACAAGUUUCAUGGUCAACAUGCCUUGAGAGAGAGAGCAAGGAAGAUAGAUCAGGGUAUCUUGAUCAUAAGGUUUGAGAUGCCUUUUAAUAUAUGGUGUGGAGGAUGCAAUUCUAUGAUUGCAAAGGGGGUUCGGUUCAAUGCAGAGAAAAAGCAAGUUGGGAAUUACUACUCCACAAAGAUAUGGAGCUUUACCAUGAAGGCUGCAUGCUGUAAACAAGAGAUCGUCAUCCAGACUGAUCCAAAGAACUGUUUGUAUGAAAUCAUCAGUGGGGCUCAGAAAAAAACUGAGGAUUUUGAUGUUGAGGAUGCAGAAACUUUUGAAUUACCUGCUGAUGAAGAGAGGGGGAAACUUGCUGAUCCAUUUUACCGCCUUGAACACCAGGAAGAAGAUUUGAAGAAAAAGAAAGAAGCUGAACCAGUGCUUGUGCGUCUCCAGAGAAUGUCUGAUGCCAGACAUUCAGAUGACUAUGCCCUAAAUAAGAGUCUCCGUGCCAAACUUAGAAAUCAAAAGAAAAGAGUUGCUGAAGAAGAAGCUGCUUCCAGGAAAAGAGGCCUUGGGAUUCGAUUGCUUCCAGCUUCAGAACAAGAUGCUGCUGCAGCAGCAAAAGUGAAGUUUUCAAAUAAGUUUGACAAAAAUAGGAAGGACAAGCGGGCAUUGAUCAAUGCUGCUUCCAUAUUCCCAGGAUUGCCAGACUCAUCCAUGUCUGGCAAGAGAAGGCUAGAGCUAGAGUCUAAAAGAAGAAAAAUUUCUGCAUGCCAAGCAUCUAGCCUUUUGGCUGGGGGAUAUAAGCCGUCAUCGUGGUCACAAAGUGCUGUUUUGUCAAGCAGGCAAAAGGGAUCUUCAAUCAAUGCUAGACACUAGAAAGCUGAAAAAUGUCAUCAGAGUUGGUCAGUCAUCGAUGAUUUUGGCUUGUCACACUUGACUUGUAUAUAAAAAUUGCUUUAUAAGGUUCUUUGUUAAUGCAGUUGCUUGUCCUGGAAGCUUAAGAUAAAUGGAAGUAUGUGAUAAUUUUGUAUUCUAUAGUGUAAGCCAUUUAUAAUGUGUGAUGGAAGUGUUUGAUUUCCGGUAAUAGCCCCCUUUUUCUUGUGACUAGACUGUCUUGUGCCCUUAUCACAAUCUUCCUAAUUAGUAUUGAUCUGAAUGGAAGAGUAACCCAGUAAUUAGUAUCAUCAGAUUCAGGUGGAGAUUGUCGAUGCUGGGCUGUGUAUACUUGCAUUAGUACUUUGACAAGCUGUCAUGACUGCUGAAACUUGUAUCAUUUAUCUGUACACCCACCACCUAAUGUGAAUACUUAUAUUCCAUAACAGAAAUAUGGACCCGAUUAUUUAGUUAGCUAUUCA